CGGGCCCCUAGAAUGAGGCUACUCACGCUGCUGAUUUUCCUAGCCCACUGGAGAGUCACCAGGGCUGAACCAGGGAAGUUCUGGCACAUCUCUGACCUGCACUUCGACCCUGAUUACAAGGUAUCCGAAGACCCCUUGCAGGUAUGCCCGUCAGCUGGCUCCCAGGCGGUGCCCAACUCGGGCCCCUGGGGGGACUACCUCUGCGAUUCUCCCUGGGUCCUCAUCAACUCCUCCAUCUACGCCAUGAAGGAGAUCGAGCCAGAGCCAGACUUCAUCCUCUGGACAGGCGAUGACACACCUCACGUGCCCAACGAGAAGCUGGGAGAGGCGGCUGUGCUGGACAUUGUGGAACACCUGACCGAGCUCAUCAGGGAGGUCUUUCCAGAUACUAAAGUAUAUGCUGCUUUGGGAAAUCAUGAUUUUCAUCCCAAAAACCAGUUUCCAGCAGGGAGCAACAAUAUCUACAAUCAGGUAGCAGAACUGUGGAGACCCUGGCUCAGUAAUGAAUCCAUUGCUCUCUUCAAAGAAGGUGCGUUCUAUACUGAGAAGUUGCCAGAGCCAAGGAAGACUGGGCGAAUUGUGGUCCUCAACACCAAUCUGUACUAUAGCAACAAUGAGCAGACGGCUGGCAUGGCUGACCCUGGCCAGCAAUUCCAGUGGCUGGAAGAUGUGCUGAGCAAUGCAUCCAGAGCUGGGGAAAUGGUGUACAUUAUUGGCCACGUGCCCCCGGGGUUCUUUGAGAAGACGCGGAACAAAGCGUGGUUCCGGGAGGUCUUCAAUGAGAAGUACCUGAAGGUGAUCCAGAAGCACCAUCAAGUCAUCGCUGGGCAGUUCUUCGGGCACCACCACACCGACAGCUUUCGGAUGUUCUAUGAUGAUGCAGGUGCCCCCAUCAGUGUCAUGUUCCUCACGCCUGGGGUCACCCCGUGGAAAACCACAUUGCCUGGAGUAGUCAAUGGGGCCAACAAUCCAGGCAUCCGGGUGUUCGAAUAUGACCGAGCCACACUGAGCCUGCAGGAUAUGGUGACUUACUUCUUGAACCUGAGCCAGGCUAACGCGCAGGGGACAGCGCGCUGGGAGCUCGAGUACCGGCUAACCGAGGCCUACGGGGUGCCCAACGCAAGCGUCAGCUCUAUGAACGCGGCGCUGGGUCGCAUCGCCAGAGACCAGGGCACGCUGCAGCGCUACUACGUUUACAAUUCGGUCAGCUAUGACAACCGGGUCUGCAGUGAGGCCUGCCGCGACGAGCACGUAUGCGCGCUGAGCGAGGUGGCCUUCGACGCGUAUGCCACCUGCUUGCGCGCUCUGGGGACUGCUCCGGCUCCCAUGCUACCGCUGUUGCUGGCGGCGCUGCUCUGCCUGCGCGCGUUGCUCGAGCGGUGA